CAGGGACGGCAACGGGGCGCGAGUGACACACCAGAGGGAACACAGACGACAUCUCUAGGCCAAUUCCGGGAACCAUGGAUUUCUUAUUCAGCUUAGCCUUUAUCUUUUACCUUUGGGGCUUUUUUACUAUUCAGGGACAAAAGAAAGCGGAGGGCACAGAGGAAGUGAAAAUAGAAGUUUUGCAUCGUCCAGAAAACUGCUCUAAAACAAGCAAGAAGGGCGACCUGCUAAAUGCCCAUUACGACGGCUACUUGGCCAAAGACGGCUCGAAGUUCUACUGCAGCCGGACACAAAAUGAAGGCCACCCCAAAUGGUUUGUUCUUGGUGUUGGGCAAGUAAUAAAAGGACUAGACAUUGCUAUGAUGGAUAUGUGCCCUGGAGAGAAGCGAAAAGUAAUUAUACCCCCUUCAUUCGCAUAUGGAAAGGAAGGCUAUGGUAGUACUUGAAGAAGUCUUUCCUCCGCGCAACAUCCUUGCCUCUUGUCACAGAGCACCCCUGCAUGUUUUGAAAUGCAUGUGACUUUCUAGUGCUUUAAUUAACUCUUCAUAUGGUAUGUAUAGAUUCUUUACAUUAACGCCUACUUCUUUGAUCUGCUUUUGUAUACACUAAUUUUUUUGCAAGAAAAAACAACAAAUUGGCAAUGUUUUCUAUGUUUACAGUGAAAUUGUUCAAAACAUUUUAGGUACCAGUAAUAUUUUUUCUGAAGAAGUUCCAAUUUGUGUUCUGCAAUGAGAAGCUAUUUUUCUGUCAUAAUGAGAUCAUAACUGGGCAGAAUAGGAAUGGAAUUUGUAAAAAGGAUCAUUGACUCAAUCUCUAGCUCUUUUACUGUAAAGUCAUAUAUGUGGUGCAUUAGGUUGGGACUUCCAUACUAACCUCAUGAUGCAUGGAUAAAUUUUUCUAUGUCCUAGCUUUGGAGAUUACUGAUCCACUUCUUUCGGCUAUAACUUUAAAGCUCUUUUCUCUUUGGAUUAUGAAUAUUGUAGCAAGAAUUUUGCACUUUUUCAUUUAAAAAAUUGCUGUUUCUUUCAAAGGACAAACAGCCAUUUUUAAAAUAAACAGACAAUAUGGACCAUUCAUUCAAAAAAUAUUUGAGUGUCUAUAAUGGACUAGGCACAGUGUGAGACCCUAGGGAUACACUAGUGACCCACACUCCCCACUGCCUCUCAGCAGAUCAUUUCUGCAGCUUAUUUUUAUGAAAUGGUCAUUGAAUAGCUCAUAGAUUGCUAAAAUUGUAGGUUAACUUUAUUAAAGAGACAUAUUAAACUUAAUACUUGAAAAGUUUAUUGUGAUUAGAAUUUUUUCAUAAAAUUGUUCCUGAAUUUUUGUCAUUGAACUUAUUUUUAAUGUCUAUAAAGAAUUUGAAAGAC